AUGAGCUACCACGUCGAUCUCUGGGCGACUGCCGUCCUGUACCACAUCUUGUGGGGCGCCAAGAUGUUCGUCUGCGCUCCGCCGACGGCGGUCAACCUUCGGCUGCUGCAGCAGUGGCAGGAGCUGAACGAGCCGUCUGAGCACCCGGACUUCCCGGGCAAGCUCGAGUCCGCGCAGGUGCUCACGCUGACUGCCGGCCAGUCGCUGCUGCUGCCGAGCGGCUGGAUUCACGCCGUCUUCACGCCCCUGGACUCGCAGCCCAAGCAGCAGCUGCCGGCGGCGCUCAGCAUCGUGCGCGCUUCGUGGGGCGAGAUGACCAAGGAGAUCCGCCAGGAGCAGCGGGCCUUCCCCAUCAGCGAGCUGACCAAGUCGAUGUGGACGCUGCUCGUGGAGUUGACGCGCGAGCUGGGGCGAGCUGGCGCGCCGAGCCUCACGCGGCAGCAGGCGAACCUCGUCCGGGCCCUCGCCAGCUACUUGUGCAAGCGGUGCAACGUGACGCCGCGCGAGGUGAAGCAGCAGCCGCACGAGGUGCUCGCGAGGGCGGACAAGCUGCUGGCGCACACCGUCGCUGGCGAGUGAGCUGACACGGCCGUCUCGUUUCUACCGCGCUAGACGGGCAUGUACACGCGGCGCGUUCGGGACUCUGAAGCUUCGGGCUCAGACUCUCUUUUGCCGUGUUUGUUGGUACUACAGUGUCCUUGGCGUUUGAGCGCCGUCAUGCGAGCGCAGAGCGGUGCAUGUCGUGUAGUUGCGCGCGCAUCGCCCCCAUCGCGGUUGGUGUGCUCGCACGUUUUGCUCUCUCGCCGCGCGCUCCCUUUUCGUUGUGACUGUGUGACUGCAGACUGGUGUACACCAGUUCUUGUGAUAUAAAAUACAAAAAG